AUGGCUGUAGACGCGCAUUCUCAUGAAACAGUGUCCCUGGCUGUCGAUGAUUACGAUGCCGACAUCGAAACGUCUUUUGAAGACGGACCACUUUUGCAACAAGAUGAAGCCGGGAACUGGAAAGCGCCAGCUGGCUUGCUCUGGAUCGAGUUAGCCAUUUUCACCAAUGUCUUCUUGUCCGGAUUUGAUGGCACGAUCACCGCUUCGACAUACGCACUCAUUAGUUCCGACUUUAAUGCAGCAAAUACUGCUUCUUGGCUGACGACUUCGUACUUAAUCACAAGCACCGCAUUUCAGCCGAUAUAUGGGCGCAUGUCUGAUAUCUUUGGCCGUAAACCAUGUUUCUAUACCUGCACUAUUUCGUUUCUACUCGGCUGUCUUGGCUGCGCAGUCGCCCAGGAUAUCUUCCUGUUAAAUCUGAUGCGAGCCCUAACAGGCAUUGGAGGGGGUGGUCUCAUGACUAUGGCAACCAUUAUUAACUCCGAUUUGAUUCCAUUCGAAAAACGCGGCAUGUACCAAGCUGCACAGAAUGUUCUCCACGGGUUUGGUUCGAUUUGCGGUGCGUCUUUCGGUGGCGUUAUUGCAGACACGAUUGGCUGGCGAUGGUGCUUCUUGCUACAAGUACCAGUGUCUUUAUUCGCACUCGUCGUUGGAAAGUUCGUCAUUCACUUACCUGAAAAUAACGUUCAAGGGCAUUCGAGCAGAUCGAUUCAAAGUUUAUGGCAGCAAGUGGAUAUCAUGGGUUCUCUUUUACUUAUUCUGGGCCUGUCUGUCCAGCUUGUGGGUCUGAGUCUUGGAGGUAACGAGCUGCCGUGGAGUCACCCAUGGAUUAUUGCUUCUCUCGCCGGAAGUAUUGGAUUGCUGGCAUUGUUCCUGGUAACCGAGGCCAAAACUUCCGCUGUUCCUGUAAUCCCCUUACGGAUGUUGCGAGGUGUGCAGCCAGUUUGCAUCCAAAUCGCCAAUGUGUGUGUCGGUGCCUCGGCCUACGCUUUCUUAUUCAAUCUCCCACUGUUCUUCCAAGUGGUGCUUUUGGAUUCAGCCAGCAAAGCAGGAGCGAGACUGAUAAUUCCGUCUUUGGCAACCCCCGUGGGUGGCUUCAUCGCCGGCAUUGUCAUGUCCCGCUGGGGAAGAUUGGCCCAAAUCGUGCAAAUAGGGGCUUUUUUUAUGCUUAUUGGGAAUCUGUUGGUCGCCUUCCUUAGGUUCAAUGAUUCCGGGUGGAAGUACUUUGUCUUUGUCUUUCCUGCCAAUCUGGGGCAAGGGAUGGUGUAUCCUGGGAUUCUAUUUAGCUUCCUGGCUGCAUUCGAUCACAAUGAUCACGCCGUUUCUGCAUCGACCGUUUACCUCAUUCGCUCCCUGGGCACUGUUUGGGGCGUGGCAGUAACAUCUGCAGUUGUACAAAAUACAUUGAACUCUGGCCUUUCAAAGGCCUUGAGUGGAAUACCAGACAAAUGGAAAGUAAAACCCAUCACGUACCCAUGUUUUGAAGUGAUUGCACGUUUAAGUUGA